GAAUGUGACAAUCUGUGGUGGGAUGCCUUCACCACGGAGUUCUUUGAGGAUGACGCUAUGUUAACAAUCACUUUCUGCUUGGAGGAUGGACCAAAGAGAUAUACGAUCGGCCGGACUCUGAUUCCCCGUUACUUCCGCAGCAUCUUUGAAGGGGGGGCCACGGAGCUCUACUACGUGCUCAAGCACCCCAAAGAGUCCUUCCACAACAACUUUGUCUCGCUGGACUGUGACCAGUGCACCAUGGUCACCCAGCACGGCAAGCCCAUGUUCACCCAGGUGUGUGUGGAGGGGCGGCUCUACCUGGAGUUCAUGUUCGACGACAUGAUGAGGAUAAAGACGUGGCAUUUCAGCAUCCGCCAGCAUCGAGAGCUCAUCCCCCGCAGCAUCCUUGCCAUGCAUGCACAGGACCCCCAGAUGCUGGACCAGUUAUCCAAGAACAUCACCCGCUGUGGGCUCUCAAACUCCACACUCAACUACCUCCGACUCUGUGUAAUCCUAGAACCAAUGCAGGAGCUCAUGUCACGGCACAAGACCUACAGCCUCAGUCCCCGGGACUGCCUCAAGACUUGCCUCUUCCAGAAGUGGCAGCGGAUGGUCGCUCCACCUG